GCUGAGCGGCGAUAAGGAAAGCUCGACUCACCUGUAGAGAUCCGUCUGUUUCACUCGACUCAGUGGGGAAAAGAACAUGAAUAUUCCUCCUGAGAAGAGUUUCCCAUAAUAAUUGUGAGGCCAAAGGCACCUUUCUUUGGUAAGAAAAUGGACUCUUAUAAAGGACCUUGUCCCCAUCAGAGUAUUCCUGUUGAAAUGGAUGAGAGUCUGGACUGCUUCCCCCCAUGUGAACAGUGUAGUGGACACAUGGGGACCGGCCACAAGCCAGAGGCCCGUGGCUGUGAGCCUCCUCAGGGGGCAGCACACAAUUUGGGCCUGUUUAGACACCCUGAGAGCCAAUACCAGCACCAGCUUCACACAAGGCCCCCGGCACCAGCACCCUCAGGACAUAUGAAGCCCCCAAACCUGGUAGAUGCUUGGCAUGUUGGUCUAAGACAGAAAGUGCCACAGUACAGGCAAGACGCCAUGGGCCCUUCGAGCCGACCCUGGGGCCACUCUAUGGAGGAGUCAGACUACUUAGAGCCCCCUCAACCACUCAAGUCGGACUUUAACUACACCCACCACACUAAACACCCAGGUGCAUAUAUGCCACACCCCAGUCCACUGCAGGGAAGCUGUCUGAGACCGUGUGGAUGCUUCCCUCCAGCAAAUCUGCCCCAUCACAACAACAACAAUUAUUACGACCGGGGUUACCCAGCAGGUCCACACCAGGAGCCUCAACCCCACCAGCAACUGAAUCCCUUUCAAAAUACUCAGCCACCUAAAGGUGCUCCAAAUGUUCACUCUCAUUCUGUGCCUCAGUUUGCGGCACCUCAUCCAGACAUGCUGCACGAGGUCAGUGUAGGUCGUGCCGGCCCCGCAGGCACGGGAUCAGUCACAAGGGAGAUCAAGAAGACCAUCAGUCUUCCUGAGGAGUGCAGAAAAGUUUUCAUCACAUAUUCCGUGGACACAGCGAACGAAAUCAUCACGUUUGUCAAAUUUCUGGUUGAUCAAGGGUUCAAACCCUCAAUCGACAUGUUUGACAGCGCAAUCCGAAACAUGGGUAUCAACCAAUGGAUGGACAGGUUUUUGAAUGAUAAAUCAGUGCUCAUCAUCGUGGUCAUCAGCCCCAAGUACAAGGAGGACGUGGAGGGCGAUGGAGACGAUGAGCAUGGCCUGCACACCAAGUACAUUCACAACCAGAUUCAAAAUGAGUACAUCCAGCAAGGCUGCCUCAACUUCAGACUGGUUCCUGUGUUGUUUCCAAGUGCAACCAAGAGACAUGUCCCCAGCUGGCUCCAGAGCACCAGGAUCUACCGCUGGCCCCAGGACACCCAGGACCUGCUGCUGCGCCUGUUAAGGGAGGAGCGCUACAUCAUCCCACAGCGGAGCGCUGAUCUCACCCUCACUGUCCGUACUCUCUGAGAGCGCUAAAAAGGACUCAUGCAAAAUAUGCAGCACAGCCAAAAUAGCUUUCUUUGUACAAAACUCAACAUGUUGUCAGUAUAUUUUUUCCCAGAUAAAGAUUUACUGGCUGUAUCUUUUACAGUAUUCAAUUAUAAACAAUCAUUGAAGUGGCACGUUUAACUCUUACUCAGUGAUUCCUGACAAAUCAGAUGUUACCCUGGCCAAUCAGAGUGUUUGAUGCUAGUCUGGGGCUUUUUUACGUUCUUACUCUUUAUCUGCGCUUCAUGUGGGUUUAACUAACAUUUGGCCACCAGAGGGCAGGAAAGAAGACACAGCAUCUAACUUUUGUUCUUGUUGGAUUAUUACAAUGCCAUGGUGAAUAUUAUUGUUAUUAUUACAUCUGAGAAAUGCAGAGAAACAUUAGCACUCAUCUGAAGUUGUGUUUCUGGACAUCUGACAGAUGGUUUAGUGUCCUCCAGCACUUGAACUAUGUACCAGUAAGUGCAGGGCAGGUAGCAUACAGAGCUUUUUCACCAAAAUCAGCUCCAAACUGAGAAAUUUUAGCAUCUUUUCAGAAAUAUAUUAUUUUUCAAGUACCUUUUUUAGCUCACAACAGAACAGGCUAUUGUCAUUAUCACUACUACUACAACUACUAAUUAUUAUAAUAAUACUACAAAUACUGCUUAUACUAAUAAUAAUACAUAACUUCAUAUUUUUAUAUUUAUUUAGCACUUUUCUUAACAAAGUUACAAAGUGCUUCACUGAAAGAAAUAAAGAAAAAAAAAUUCAGGACAUGGUUAAAAACAAUAAAAGGAGAAAAAAGGAGGGCCGAUGAGGGCUGUAAAAUUGUUCUGGGUGUAAAACUGCAAAGCGUUUUCAGAAUUCAUAAUCUACACUGCAUAAUUAUCAUUAACUAAAUGCUAAAAACAACAACAAAGCAGACCCUGAACUGUCGAGCAGUUGAAAUCCUUUAUUGAGCAAAAAUUGUAAAAUAUUUUGCUUUCCCAAAUACAGCUGUUCCCCCAGUAAACGCUUACAGUGUGUUUUUGUUUUAGAAAUGUACAAAUUUCUGUUUCAAUAUCCGAUAUGCUGUCUUUGUACUAUUCUUAAUUCCCUGUACAUGUCAAAUACUUAGC